AGCAAUUCAGUCCAACAUGCUAAUCGACCCUGAACACAAAUCUGCAGCUGUGACAUUGCAAUAAUCUAAGAGAAGACCACGACUCCAACAGAAUCCAUGCAGAUUGGCACAACCAAACCUUCUUUCCCCGAAUUCCAGACAAUCCAAUCCCCCAAAAUUUCUCGCACCCACGGCGAUUUCCAUUCCAAACCACCACGGCCAAUCAACAGAACCUGCGGCCAGCCGGCCAAGAACCCAGGAUCAUCCAAGAAUCGCUUCGCUAGGCACGCAAUGCGCGAGCAAGGGGUGGAGGAGAGAGAGGAGGGGAGGCUCACAUUCGUGGUUGAAGAGGUAGGCGCAGCCGAAGCAGCCAUGGAUGUCCCUGGAGAGGAUGGCGUCCACGCGGCACAGAUCAGAAAUCCUUUACAUUGAUCGGAAAUUCCGAAAGUUCAUAUCAGAAAUUUCCGAAAGUGCAAUGUCUCUCUCUCAGCCCUUUUCCUGAACUGAACAUACAUACCCUUUCACUUCUAUUCUUGCACUCUUUCAGUUUUCACCGCCACCUCUCACUCUCCUCUAACUCCUCUCAGGCAGGCAACCUCGGUGGUGCAUCCUCAUUGGGAAACUCUCAGCUGAGCCGGCAAGCCUUUGCCGGAGUUCGUUGGCAUCCUCGGCAUCCACUUCCCAGCAUCUUCACCAAGGCGUGUUUCUCUCUUUUUUGAGGGGGCCUUCAAGGAUCAAAAUUUCUGCUAUUCCACUCGUUCCAAGGAGAGCUUCAUGGCCCACACCAAGCACAAGACUUAGAAUGGCAAGCGGCGACGGGUUCGAUCUUCCUCCUCGGAGUCAAAUGGUGAUGAUUUUGAUUGUAAAGGGAAGGAGGAAACUCAAGUCGCAAAUGUGGAAAGGGGUGGUGAUUUGCUGAAAAGGAGGGCACCUAGGAAGCCGAAAGCUACCACCGUUGGAACAAGUCUUGCAGGUGCUAGUUCUAGUACCCAACCUGAGGUACAAGAGGAGAUACCGACAAUGGGUGGGGAAUGUAGGGAGAAGGGUGCUCUCAUCAGUCCUUUGUUCGUGCACCUCCCCGCUCGAAGUGCUGAACAUGUUCGCAACCCCAUAGAUUGGAGUGCCAAGACUAAGAAGGUGCAGAUGAUAAGAGUGGAGAUCCCAAAGAAUGGAUGCCGCUCAGCCACCGAUCCUCGUUUUUGGACUCUUUUCCAGCAAGACUUCUAUGAGGCGGUUAUCAUGAAUAAGUCCAACAUGCAGUGGAUUAAUUGGAGAGCUGCUGCCUCUUAUGGCGACCCCGUGAUGAAUGAGGUGAUUGAGGCUUGUGAGGCCAUGGGGAUCAAGGAUUUCAUGAGCAUGAGAUAUGAUUGGAGUGAGGAAAUCAUCUGUCAAUUCUAUGCCACAGUUUGGUACCAAAGGAAAUAAGAAAAAGACCAUGCACUGGAUGACACAGGGGGAAUGGCAUUGCAUCAACUACAGUCAAUUCGCUGCUCUUUUGGAUCUCACCUUUGAUGAUGAUGAAGACAGGGAUUGGUUGCAUGAUGACAAGGUCUUGGAGCCUCAUGAGGUUGACUUCAUGUACAAUCAUAAGGUGGAGUACGACCCUGGGACAACAAAGGGUAUGCUUCCUUUCUUUGCCUAUCUCAACAAGAUGAUUCGCAAAACACUCACUCCCAAGGAUGACGAUGACAACAAUGUCCAAUCUUACACUCACAACAUUCUUGCAAGGAUGAGGGCUUCUCCGAAGAAAUUUGAUGUGUUUGAGUUCAUUUGGGAGGAGAUUCGCCUCACAUCUUUCACUCCUGAGUGGAGUCUUGGCUAUGCUCCCAUAUUGAUGAAAAUGAUUGAGCAAGUCACCAAACUUCGAUUCUACAAGGAGGUGCACCACACUGGACUCAAAGUGAGGCUAGAGAAACCCAUGACCACUCCUAGGAGGCCAAGGUCUACCACUAAAGCUGCACGUACUCAAGCUCCCUCCACUCCGACUCUCUCUUCUUCACUGUUGUGGAAAAUUCUCAAGUCUAUCUAUAAUGUGUGCAAGUCCAACGCCAUCGAAGCCAGGAAGGGGCGAGCGGAAUUGAAGAAGCAGACUACAAAUUUCCUUGCUCCCCCGAUGGCUCCGAGGUCAAUGAAAGUGAUGAAGAAGUGUUCGAUGAUCCCUUUGCCGACGAAGCUAGUAGUGGUGUCGUUCAGGAGAAGGAAGGUGUGGGACAUGGUGAUAGUGGUGAUGAUGGGCAUGAUGAUUGACUCCAUAUGGCAUUAGGUUCUCUCUCCAAUUUUAAUUUAUCUCUUUUUGGUCCUCGAUGCCAAAGGGGGGAGAGCCACAUCUCUUUUCCAUCUAUCAUUGUUGUUGGUCGGACAAAUUUGGGCUUGCUUGUAUGAGACAAUGUGUGUUUUUAUUUCCUUAAGAUUUGUUCAACUUAAUGCAUAUGUGGUGUAUCAAACUAUGUGAUGUAAUGUUAUUUAUCGUUUCUAGCC